ACCUUUCACAGUUGCAUCCAGUGAACUCUUCGAAAUAUUGUCCAAAGUUCAAGCAUCAAAAUUAUCAUCUUUGGGGACUCAGAAGUGCACAAAAGUAUGUUAAUGUGUCACUCUGUGGUAUGCACUUUUCAUUUAACUCUGAGAAGGGGUCAUGAACAUGUCUUCUUUUACCUCGUUUUGGUUAAAUUAAUUCCUCUUGUUUCUGAACAAUCAGUUGAGCAAUUAUACAUUAACCAACUGGACAGAGCCCAACACCCAGAUGUGCAGCCCAUCUUCAUCUCCAUACCACGUGUGUUUUACUCUGUGCAUUCAGUUGGAGAGGUUGUUAAAACUCAAUCACGCUUAUUAAGGUGCACUAAUCUACUCGCCCACCCCGUUUUUGCGCAUCUGAGAUCCAACGGUUGAAAGUGUCACGUCACGAUUUUGACAGCUUCACACCGAAUCAGAUUUCUGCUCUGAAGAGGUGCGCGCGUGUGUUGCAUGAAGUUUUGCGCACUUGCCUCUCUACCCCAAAAGUCUUUGGAGAUCUCGCACCCCAGCUCGCCGGUGAACUCGUGCCAUCCUGUCAUAUGAAAUGAGCACCAUGCUGUCGUGCCAAGAUCUGAGCUUUGCAGGAGGGCAGCGCUACGACAGCUCGUACUCCACCUCGACGUUAGCUGACGGUGUUGACGUAUCCACGGCAACGCUCGUGUCCCUCUGGGACGCUGGUCCCCUGGACAACGGUGCCCGCCAGCACGAGCCGCCGCCGCGGGAUUCACCACAUGUGUCUGAACAUAGACUGGGACAUCACACCUGGUCGGAUCAACUGUCACCGCAGCUACAACGAAACAAACAGCUCCAAGACACUCUGAUCCAAAGAGAGGAGGAGCUAGCGAGACUUCAAGAGGAGAAUAACAAACUCAAAGAGUUUUUGAACUCAUCAUAUGUGAAGUCUUUGGAGGAAAAUAGCAAGAAACUUCUUUCAAACUGCAAAGUUCAAGAUGGGAUGAGGAAACGGAAAAGCACACACAGUGAUUUAGGAAACGUAAGCCAAUUUCUGCACAGCGGCGAGGUAAAGCGGACCUGUCGUAAUCUUUCCUUAGAGUUUUGCUCUGCGGAAGAGCUUGCGGCCACCCCGCCUCUAGACUCUUGGAUAUUGGAGACGCUAGGUCUGCAAGAUGAGAAUACUGUUGACCCAGAACAAAGUUUCAACAGCCAUAUAACCAACCACAGUCCCUCUUUUAGCUGUGCACUUCCUAAACAAGAUCAUUACAAUACGACAACCAUAGGCAAUUCUGUCAGCCUCAGUCCCGGUGCCGAGGCACAUUGUGAUUACAAUAACAUCAUAGACUCACCCAGCAACUGCAGUUUGGAUACCACUAGUGGCUACAACACCUCCCAGAGCCAAGUAUCAGAAUAUACGACCCUUGACCCCUCAGCUUUGUACACCAUCACGCCCACAGGGUCAUUGGUCGUCUCUUCACCAGUGAUGACCAAUGCUCAACACUUCACCCCACCACGGGCAGCGUCCACUCCUUAUCCCCAAGAUGCGAGUCCUGGUGCGUAUUACGACACACGUGGCUGUGAGUCCUCCAGUCCAGCAGGGGGUGACAGCCGGAUUUUCUCCACACCCCGUAUGUCCCGUAGCAGGACAGACUUAGCAUUCAGCAUGUCAUUGAGUCCACAAAGUAGUGUUAAGACUCACAGUUUUCCUCAAGGACAAGCAUUUACACGCAGAGAUGCGCAUGGAGGAUGGAAGUUCACCUGGGUUCCCAAACAGUGUUCCUAGGACCCCACUUAUGUUGUGGGAGAAAAGCAGGACUUAAUUUGUGAAAUAUACAGGUUAAUGAAGAUUAUUUCGAUAUCUCUGUGAUGUAUUUUAUUUUGUUGUUUAUAAAACGUGUAUAUAGUAUUGCGUUAUGAUUGAAAUGCAUUGUCUUUGAUGUUAGAUACAGAAUCAGAACUGAGUUUAUGAAAAUGUUUUUAUAAUAAAUGUUUCUAUUAAAAAAAA